GUUUUGGUGAUGACAGAGCAGCUGCAUCGCUAGUACUUACAUAGUUUCUUUGUUUAUGUAUAUUGUAUAUGUUUCAGAGCAGCUGAACUGGAUUCUGUUGUCAUGUUGGAUAGCUCACAAAAACAAAUCAACCUGCCAAAAUGAGAAAGUCGCAUAUUAUAAGGAAGAGUCACACUUAAGACACUUCCUCAUGAAUAAACUCUGACCAGUCAUAUUCGGUGUGUUUGGGGCAGUUUUACUUCGGAGCUGGAGUUGUUUGAAAGGAUCAGAGAUGUUGAAUGUCCCGUCUCAGUCUUUUCCUGCAGUUGGAUCCCAGCAGAGAAUCGCACCAGCCGGACAGUCCAGAAACAAGGUGGUACUGAAGCCAGGCCACAGUCUCCUGGACUGGAUCCGACUGACCAAGAGUGGACGGGAUCUAACCGGACUGAGAGGAAGACUGAUUGAGGUGACAGAAGAUGAGCUGAAGAAACACAACACCAGAAACGACUGCUGGACGUGCAUUAGAGGUGUGGUGUAUAACGUGAGUGCCUACAUGGAUUUCCAUCCCGGUGGAGAGGCAGAGUUAAUGAGGGCUGCUGGGAUUGACAGCACUGACCUCUUUGACCAGGUGCACCGGUGGGUGAAUUAUGAGUCCAUGCUGAAGGAGUGCGUGGUGGGGAAGAUGGCAACAAAGCCCAACCCUGCUCCUCAAGUUCAGAUAUCAAAGACGGAGAAUGCUCAUGUGAACGGUCUGCCUCCUCCUCCACCCUCGAGACUGGAGCCUUCGACUGCUGCUGCCCCCAUAUCCAAAGAUCAUCGCCCUCGGUAUGAUUGGUUCCAGACAGAUGCCACUGUCAACAUUGUUGUUUACACCAAACGAAAGAUUCCCAGCUCUGGCUGUGCGGUGGUGGAUUUGCAGGGUGAUACCCUUCGAGUUGAGAUGCUUUUGGGGAAGAUGUCAUACCUGCUUCACUGGCGCCUGUCCAGUGAAGUUCAAGGACAUGUUGAUGUCCAGAAAGCCAACUUGGAUGGAAAUGUUCAGGUAUGUCUGCACAAAUCGGUCAAAGACAAGUGGACACGAGUGGGACAACCACUUGAACUUCAUGAUUCAUUUAUUCAGAGUAAGGAUCAUGGCCUCUUCUACAGGGAAUGUGUGUUGGUUUCGAAAACAGAAGUCACACAUGACACACAGAUCUUUCGUUUGCAACUUCCUCCCUGUUCACGAUUGCAUGUUCCUGUGGGCAGACACGUCUACCUCAAAGCCUCUGUUCAGGGUGCAGAUGUUGUGAAGCCCUACACACCAGUGGAUCACACUCUAAUGCCUCCUGCACAAUCCAGUGUGGAAAUAGGCUCAUAUAUACAUCUCAUGAUAAAGAUCUAUCCUGAUGGAGUGUUGACACCUCAUCUUGCCAACCUUCCCAUUGGAGCUCCUCUGUCAGUAGGUGGUCCUCAGGGGUCCUUUAGUCUGCGUGUGCUGCGUGAUGUCACUCAUCUGUACCUGUUAGCAGCCGGCACAGGAUUCACGCCCAUGACUCGUCUCGUACACCUGGCCCUACAGGACCUCACCUCGAUCAGAAAAACCAAGCUGAUUUUCUUCAAUCGACAGGAGAGGGACAUACUCUGGCGCUCUGAGCUGGAUGAGUUGUGUAUGAAAGAGGAAAGGUUUGAGGUAGAGUAUGUUCUUUCAGAGCCUGCAGACUCAUGGACGGGCACAACAGGACGGAUAGACUCUCAUAUGCUGCAGAACUUCCUGGAGAAACCAGAAAACUCCAAGUGUUUAGUGUGUGUGUGCGGCCCCACUGCAUUCACAGAGCUAGCAGUGCAGUAUGUCAGGCAGUUGGACUUCAGUGAAGAGGAGAUUCAUGCAUUUCAAGGAUGAUGGGAUCAUUGGAGUUUCUUUCUUGCAAACUAUCUCUAUGCAUAUCAAACGCAAUUAUGACAUUGGCAAAAGCUGUCCGUUCUCUACAGAGAGAGACAACUACCCAUACCAGCAACAGAAGCACUUUUUCCCAGCAUUUCUAUUCUAGGCUUUUCCCCCCAUUGGCUUCAUUGUCACUAAACCUGGCAAAUACCAGCUGACUGUUUGAGACUUGCAACAUUGAAUAUUUCUUCAUACAUAUUUGACUGUCCAGAAAGACAAGGAAAGUUUAAGCAAAACAACAGAAAAGAAAGCCAUUUUGUUGCUGCAUCCUGAUAUAGCAGAUAUUCUGAAUGACCAAUUCAUCAGGCUUGAAUGCAAUACAUGGGCAAAUUAACAACGAGCUGUUACUUAUUACUGUUUGGAAAUUUUGAUCUGACUGCCAAAUUAUGAGUUUCUAGAGAAAUCAAGAUGUCUCAGUACAUUUGUACAGAAAAUGUUCCAAUAUGUUAAAUUAGAUGUAACUGGACCACAAUUUUACACAAAUGUUAACUUCUUAAAUCUGAUUCCUGCCUCUGAGAGCAUUGUAGCUAAAUUGAAAUGUGGUGGCAUCCCAAUUAUCUGGGCUGUAAUGUCAAAUGUCACAGGUCUGAUGUCAGAUUAGAGGGUAAAUGGAGAGAUCUAUUUGUACCAGUAAAUUUACUGUAUGUUGCUUUGGAUAAAAUGUGUUUGAUAUGUUAGAGUUAACCAAAUAUUUAUUUCUAGAAGAAAAAGUUCAUUGACAUCACACAAUGAUUUGAGAGUUAACUAGCGGUGGUGGCAGUAUUAGACUCAAUAUUUAAGGUGUUGAUAUUGCGAUUAUGGACUUAAAUGCUGAAUGCAGUGUUCCUCAGAUCUGUUUGGCAUCAACAUUGCCUGAUUCAUGUCUGCUAUAGUCGAGGAACUGACACAAAGAAGCUGAAAACUUUUUUUUAGGGCAGGGGUUUGGCUGGUUCGCAUCAGCAGUUUGCCCCUGCUGGAAGAUGCUGUAACUAUGCCAUUAUGAUAACAAAAAGCAUCUUUCUCAAUUUACAUUUAGGGUGCCGACAUACACACUAGAUUUUUACGCUGCUUCAGAGAAAGCUGUAAAUGCAUUAAUGUCAAUGGGGAUAAUGCAUCGGAAAGUUGGAGAGGGAAAAAAAAACACAGGUUUAAUCUUUUGCUGUAAAAAACUCAUAGUCAUCCGUUGACCAGUGAGACUAAAGCUGAGUCCAGAUGAGCUGCCUGAAUUCAGAUUUAAGGCCUUUGCACACUGAAUGUGAAUUUUCACCAUGAUCAAAACUUUGAAUAGAAACCAUGUAUUUCUAUGAAGCCAUUAAUACCUGGAGCGAAAAUCUGCACGUCGACAAAGUGAGGUUUAUUUUCUUUCGGUGACCGUACUUGUCAACUGGCGCGUGGUGAGCGAAGCGAGUGCCACACUCACGAAGUUGAUUCUCACUGGAAUUAACUGAAAUAACUGUUUUGGUCUCAACUCUGUUAUGGUUAGGUUUAGGGUUUUAACUCGUAGGUACUAUCAUAAAUUAUUUUUUAAUCAGCAAUUUUGCGGAUUUAACUUAUUUGUGUUCCUGAUCCUGCACAAUGUUAAAGACAAAUUAAACUUUUACUAACACCUACAUUUAACAAUCCUCAAAACAUCAUCUUAGGUUAGUGAUGGUGUUCAUUUGAGGUGAACUUCCAUUCAGAGGUAUUUUCUAAAAAGAUUUCAGGGUUUUGUUGUGGUUAAUUAAAAAUGGGACUUUCAGUAAUGGUCCAACUAUCUGCAAGAUCUUCCAACCGCAACCGGUCUGCUUAAAAAGCACUGUUAAAAAUGCAUUCAACCUGAAAACAGGUGUUUUUCAUUAAUGGUUCAACACUCUUUAACUGGUAAAGAUAUAGUGCUAGUGUAGUAUUGCCUUUGUGUUAAAAAGCAGUCACAAAUACACUGGUAUUAUUCACAGAAUGGUUUAAUAGCCUGCAAAUUAAGCUACUGCUACUUGACUGCAUUGUUCUGCUAAAGAGACUGUUACAGGUACAUUCCCCCCGAACACACGGGUGUUGUUGUUUAAUGGUCCAACAGUCUGCAGCUUCUGCUAAUGUUCAUUUUACCAUCCUUUUGUAAAGGUUUCACAUAUUUACUUGCAUUGUGCAAAGAGCUGGGCAACAUACAUUUUUGUCAUAUGGUAGAGAGGAAACACUGUUGCAUC